UGAGCUCCGCCCACGGCGAGAGAGACCGAGUGUGCGGCGGAGUGUGUGAGAGGGCGUGCGCGAGUGUCUAUUCUCUAAAUAACCUGUUGAUCCAGUCAAGCUCGGGCGCUCGCGGGGCUCUCUCACUCACUCGCUCAACUUUUCCUCUUUCGCCUCAAGUCAGAAUCCAAAGAAAAACCUGCGAGGAAGCAGCACGGCGACACAGCGGAGAGCAUGGACUGAAGGCUGCACGAUUCUACGGCCUCGAACCAUGUCGGCAUUUAUUUGCAUCUGGGCCUGCUUCCUGCUCCGGAUCAGCGCGACUGCCACCGCCGCCACACACGACAAGACGCCAGAUGAAACCGUCACAUGCUUGGUGUCAGAGGAGUGCCACCUGCCGUGCAUGUUCACCCCCGCCCCCAACCAAAGCGUGCGCUGGUUCCGGCGGGACGUGGUAAUGUUCAGCUUCGGCGAGACGCAAGCCGAGAGUCAAGCGCUGGCCGGGCGGGCCACCAUGUUCCCGCCCAUGAUCGCGGGGGGCAACGCCACCCUGGUCCUCAGGGAGGUUGGUCUAAAGGACCGCGGCAUGUACCGGUGUCACGUACGAACAUCCGAGGGGGAACACAGCGCCAAGGUCGUCUUGAAGGUGGAGGCGCUCAUCCAUGGCCUUUCCCUGGAGCUUUCGCGGCUGAGCGGUUACGAGGAGAUGAAGUGCACCGUACGAGAUGUGUUCCCACCGCCCCGGGUCACCUGGGCCACGGAACCGCCCACUUUCGAGGACCUGCGGCCGAUCACCCGCAUGCUGGCUGACAAGCGCGGUCUGUACACUGCCGACAGCAGACUGAAGGUUCUAAAAGGCCAGCCGGACCUUAUCUACAUUUGCAAAGUCACCACCUCCUACGGGGGGCCCACGUGGACGUCGUCAUUGCGGGAGAGGACAAUAACAGGAAAUGAGGGUCGGGAUUUGACCAUCCCGUGUUUCGCCCCGCCGUACCUGAACAGCCCCAUCCUCCACUGGAGCUUCUCCAAGGGCGAAGACCCGGCGCACAUCCUGACUUAUGACAGCCGCUCGGGGCACAGCACCGCGGCGCCCGCCUGGGAGCACCACGUAGAACUGGACGGCUUCAGGGUCCCGUUCGGAGACGGCUCGCUGCGCCUGAUGGACCCCGAGCACACCCGACACCAGGGAACCUACAGCUGCAUCUUCUCCAUGCCGUACAAUACGCACACGGAGCGAUCCGACGUCGCCAUCGACUUACCCACUGCCAAUCGAAGCACCUCACCGCAGACGUCUUACUGGUGGAUCGUCGGCCUGGUGGUUGCUGUGACGGUCCUGGCACUGACGGCCAUGUUGGUCUACCUGAGGCUCCGAGGAAACGCGGCGAAAUCUUCAUCCCGUUACCCCGAGGAGGAGACUGAGUUGAAUUCGGUCAGAGACGUGGAGGGCGAAGGUGAGAACAGCCGUCGUCCCGCUGGAGACAACAACGGACAGCCGGGCCUCUCCUGACCCCCACCACGGACAAGCACACAUGAACACUCUGUCCUACGUGUCUAUGGUGUCGAGACAUUUUGUAUGAUGUGAUAUAU